UACGAUUAAUUUACAGAUUCCUGUAAAAAUUAUGUCAAUCUUAUAAACCAAUAAAUUUAUAACCUAUUUUUAAGUUUAAAAAAAAAUAUGCAAAAUACAAAAAUAAUCUUUAAAUUAAUCCUUCAACGUUCGAUUUACACAACAGCCCCUCAAAAUGAUAUAGGUAGAACGAUGUCCAAAGUGUUAAAACACCCCAAAAGAAGGAAACCUUUUUUUGAAGACCCAAUAUACUCUAAAUCCAAUACUUUCGAGAAAUCUCCGAAUUCAACGAAAACCCAAGGGCGAAUCCGUCGUAUAAAUGUUUUAAAUAAACUGUUUAUGAGACACAUCACCGAUUUUAUGGCAACUGGUGAAAUGGCCUCAAUUUAUUCUGGUUUAGGAUUAGAGAUAAAUCGAGUUGAAGUGACGCCAGAUUUUUUAGGAAUUAACGUGUUUUAUGUAGCACAUAACACUCAUCCUAAUAUAGAAGAGAUGUUAAAAGAUAGCGGAAGGAUUAUAAAACACGAAUUAACAUGGUUAAAUGUUAUCGGAAAUGUGCCUAAUAUUCAUUUUGUCAGGGAUAAAAUUUAUGGGCAAAUUGUAGAAAUUGAUAAACGAUUAGCGAAAGCUGAUUUUGGAGAAGAUUAUGAACCAAGUGAAAGUAUUCUAAAAGUUAGAAAAGAAUUGUGUAUGAUGGAAAUGAAAUUAAAAGAACAGGUUCGAAAAGAAAUUUUGAAACUGGAUGAUGUUGAAGUUGAUGAGGACGUUCCGGAAAUGCCACAAGAUGUUUUAGGAUUAAAUCAUAAAGAUAUUAUGGAUAGGAUUAAAAUUUCCUUGAAAAAGUCACGUUCCACACCAAAAAUAACCAAUGUAAUUAGUACAUUAAAUGAAGUAAACACUAAACCGAUUGAAUUUAAAUCAAUAAAAACACAGAGGGAAGUUUUUAAAGAAUUUUUAAUAGAACGACAGAAUUUGAAACGUAAAAUACGAAAAAAUAAGCUAAAAGCGUCACCGGAAGUGGAUUAUUUUACAGAAGAAUUUUUUGAGUUAAAAGAAAAAGAAUUUGAUGAUUUGCAAAUUAAUGGAAAUGUUGAUGAUAAAGAUUUUAUUGAGGAAGAUUUUGAUGAUUCUGAUUUAAAGGAAAAGUUUUAAAAUUUGAAAAUUAAAUAAAAUGAGUAGUUAAAAUUUUAAAAUUAUGUAAUUAUUG